AUGUGCAAGGCACCGGAAUUUCUGCCAACGCGUCACCUUUGGUAUGACGGGCCAGCACAGGAUUUUGCCGGCGGUCUACCUAUUGGAAAUGGGAGGCUGGGAGCCGUGGUCCUUGGGUGGGACUGGGAAAGGGUUAUCAUUAACGAGAAUUCUGUAUGGGAGGGUCCUUUCCAGGAUCGUAUUAACAACAACUCUCUCGAGGCCCUCCCCAAAAUCCGUGACCAUUUGAGAAAAGGCGAUAUAACAGAAGCAAGUCGAUUAGUUCUAAAUAACAUGGUUGCGAGCCCACCUGUGUCGAGGGCUUACACUGUUACUAAUAAUCUAGCAAUUAACUUCUAUCAACAGCAGCGUCAUUGGUCAAACUACAGAAGGUGGUUGGACGUUGUUGAAGGAGUCACGGGCGUAAUGUAUGACUAUGAAGGGGUCACUUAUACGCGCGAGUAUGUUGCCAACAACCCGGUGGGCGUUCUUGCCGCUAGGUUCACAGCUAGCCAGGAGGGCAAAUUACGUCUUACGGUUGGCCUGGAACGCGCCACCGGGGGUAUAGCUUACAACAUAGCCUCGACAAAUCCGCACACCAUUGUAUUUGAUGUUGAGGGCCACGAGGCUAAUGCAAUUGCCUUUUCCUCUGGUGUGCGCGUUGUGACAGACGGAGUCGUGGAGGUUUCGAGCGAUGGCAAGUUCCUUGAUGUCAGCGGAGCCUGCAAGGUUGACUUGUUCUAUGAUACCGAGACGGAAUUCCUAUGGAAAUCGAAGGCAGAAUACAAAGCCGAGGUCGAAAGAAAGCUAAAUACAGCAUCUUCGGCUGGUUUUGAAAAGAUUCGGGCCGACGCGACCAAAGACCAUAGCACCUUGAUGAAUCGAGUCUCACUCGACCUUGGUACUAGUAACACAGCGAAAUUAAGCACCGACACACGAGUCGCUUACUAUAGUAGCAAUCCCGGGAAUGAUAACGCGUUUAUUGCCCUGAUGUUUAAUUUUGGCCGUCACCUGCUUAUCUCAUGCUCGCGAGACACUGGUCGUCCUGGCAUGGGCGUUCCAGCAAACCUGCAGGGCAUCUGGAACGAGGACAAAUUCCCGCCUUGGGGAGGCAAGUUUACUGUUAAUAUCAAUACUCAGAUGAACUACUGGCUCGCCGAAGCAACGAACCUACCCGAAACGCUUCUGCCACUUUGGGACCUGAUUGAACGCAGCCGUGAACGCGGCAGGGACGUUGCCAAGCGUAUGUAUGGCUGUCCCGGGUCCGUUUCCCACCAUAAUCUUGACCUCUGGGGUGAUUCCGCACCGCACGAUCAUGGGGAAAAGUGGACAAUGUGGCCCAUGAGCAGACUUUGGCUAGCGAACCAAGCCAUGGAUCACUAUCGAUUUACCGGCAACAAGGAAUUCCUACGGAACAAAGUCCUGCCUGAAUUCGAAGCAAUAGCUGUGUUUUUAAACUGCAAUUUAUUCGAAUUCGAGGGUUAUUAUUCCACCGGCCCGUCGAUUUCACCAGAGAACUUCUUCUGGAUUACCGAUAGCAAGACGCAGGACCCCAAUAUAGUUGGGGCGAUUGAUAUAUCACCUACCAUGGACGUCUCCUUACUCCGUGAUUUCUACACUAAUUACGUCGACAUGGUCACAGCUUUAGGAAUGGGCAAGUCCACUAAUGGAAUGACUAGAAAGGCGCAUGAAAUUCGUUCUAAACUUCGGCCGAUUGCUAUCGGUACUCAUGGCCAUGUCCGGGAAUGGCGGAAGGAUUAUUGGGAGAUGGAAGUCGGUCAUCGCCAUAUAUCGCAUCUUUGGGACCUCUUCCCAGGGAGCCAAAUGAGUCCGCUUGUCAAUAUGACAUUGGCCAAUGCUGCUAGGAUAACACUCCAGCGCCGGACUGAUAAUUUUGGGGGAGGCGCUACUACUGGAUGGUCGAGAGCUUGGAUUGCGGCAUGCUAUGCUCGCCUUUUCGAUGCGGGGAAAGCCUUGGAACACGCCCGGGAACUGCUAAAGCAUCACGUAUUCAACAAUUUGCUUCACAAAAUCGAGCGUGGCGGGAGGGUCUUUCAAAUCGAUAGCAACCUGGGGUUCGUUGCGGCAGUUGCCGAGUGGUUUGUGCAGAGUCAUACCGGAUAUAUACAUCUUCUUCCAGCUUUAAGCAGCGACCUGACAGCCGGGUCUGUCAAGGGGCUUGUUACCCGCGGCGGAUUUAUCGUUGACAUACAUUGGGGUAAGAGUGGGGUGUUGUUAGAGGCCAAAAUCAAGUCAACGCGGGGUGGGGAACUGAAGGUGCGCGUAUCCGACGGGAAGGUGUUCAAGUUGGAUGGACGAGUGGUUCAGCCUGAGUCUGCUGUGGCUACGGAACCGGGGAAGGUUUAUAUCGUCACACUGUAA